CCGAGGGCAGCCCUCAUGGCGCUCUGCAGCUCCCUCCCGAGGGGAGGAGGAGGGGCAGUGCUGGUCUCUGCUCUCUGGUGACCAACGCCAGGGCCCGAGGGAACGGCAGGGCGAUGUGCCAGGGGAGGGUUAGGCUGGGCAUUAGGGAAAGGCUCUUCCCCCAGAGGGUGGUGGAGCCCUGGAACAGGCUCCCCAGGGAGGCAUCACGGCACCAGCCUGGCGAUGUUCAGGAAGCACUUGGACAGGGCCCUCAGACAGUGUGCUCCAGGAGAGGCAGCGGCGCUGGUGCUGGUGGCCGUGCUGUGGGGCAGCACCGGGCCGUUCCUGCGGACGGGGGCAGCGGGGCUGGAGGAUGUGCGGCGCCAGGGCCACCUGCAGCAGCUGCUGGCCGAGAUCCGCUUCCUGGGCCUCAACUACAAGUACAUGGUGCCUUUUCUGCUCAAUCAAGGUGGAUCUCUCCUCUUCUACCUCACCUUGGGAUCCACAGAUCUGUCCCUGGCAGUACCGCUCUGUAACUCCCUGGCUUUGAUAGUCACGCUGGUGACUGGGAGGAUUCUGGGAGAGGACAUUGGUGGCAAAAGGGCUGCGGCAGGAAUGCUGCUCACUGUCCUAGGAGUCACACUCUGCGUAGCUGGUUCGUGAACGAGAUGCAGCAAGAAGCAGAGGAAGAGAACCUCUUCAAAGGUAACCCCCAUGGCUGAAGGGGGAAAUUCUGCCUCAGCAACAGACCGUUCGGCUCAGUUGGACCUAGGAAGCUGUAUUUUUGACACACAGAUGUCAAAAAAACCAUGAAAAUGUGGACUGUAUUCCCUGAGCACCAGGGUGGGACUUGCAAGGACAUCCUAUUUAAUGUCUUAAGGAAUGUUUUUGUCUGUGGGUGUUUCAAGGCAAGGAUGAUUGAAUUGUCUUGUUCAGCACUGGAGGGAUAAUAAAUGGUUAAUAAAACAUUCAAAGGGA